UGUGAGGAUCAAAUUUUUCUCAACAGUAAGUUAAGAAUUUGAGUUAUUGACAUUCCCCAGUCCUGAUUAAACCUAUUUUAUUUCCAGUUUUUAACCCAUCAUGUGUUUGGGUUUCUUCUCCCCAGCCCCUGGCUCUACCUGUGGUGUCCCAAAUGUCAGCAUGGCGACAUCUGGCAGGACUUGUUCCACGAAAACCACAGAGGUGAACUUUCCACAUACCAUCGACAAUUCCUACUCCCAGCAGGAAGAGACCAAACAGAAUAUCAGAGACAGCAAAACUAGACUUCUUCUGAGCCAGGUGGCCUACUUCCUGAACUACCAGCUGAAGACAUACAAAGAUCGAAAAGAUCACAAUGAAGAACAGAAAUGCAGAGACAGCAAAAAUAAACUUCUUAUGAGUCAAGUGGCCUGCUACCUGGACUGCCAGCUGAAGACGGAAGUCCCUGGCUUUAUGUAUUCUUCACCAAACAUCAGCAAGGUGGCAUCUGGCAGGCCUCCUUCCAGAAAAAACACAGAUGUGAACAUUCCAGAAGGCAUUGAGAAAUCCUGCUCCCAGCAGGAAGAUAACAAACCGAAUGUCGGAGCCAGCAAAAAUAGACAUCUUCUGAGUCAGGUGAACUACUCCGUGAACUACCGGCUGAAGACAUACAAAGAUCGAAAAGAUCAUGAUGAAGAACAGAAAUACAGACACAGCAAAAAUAACCUUAUUAUGAGUCAAGCGGCCUACUACCUGGCCUCCCGGCUGAAGAUGGAAGAAGAUAGGAAACGGUGCAAGAAGGAACAGAAAUACAGAGACAGCAAAAAUAAACUUCUUAUGAGUGAAGUGGCCCACUACCCGGGCUGCAGGCUGAAGACAGAAAAAAAUGACCAAGAUGAGGAUGAAGAUGUUCACAUCGCAGAGGCUGAGAAAAUACAGGAGUCGCGUGCCCCCAGGGAGGCACCAAAGGUUGUUAUCAAGAGAGUCCCUGAAGACUCACUGGAGGAAUUUGUCAUCAGUCAUUCAAAUAGCUAUGGCCCUACUGACUCCAGCCAGCCUCACGGAGAAACCAAUGAAAUCACAAUAGAGGAAAACAAGGUCGACUCUGCACUGGUUGUAGAGAGUCCAUCAUCUCAUGAUGUAGUGGAGGAUGCUCUAAUCAUUCUUUCAGAAAGUCAAAGUGAUGAUGAGGAAGAGGAAGAAAAAGGGCCAGUGCCCCCCAGGAAUCUGCAGGAGUCUGUGGAGGAGGAAGCCCCCCAGGAGUCCUGGGAUGAAGGUUAUUCAACUCUCUCAGUUCCUCCUGGCACAUCUGCCUUCAGUGAGCCUUACAGGAGCAACUUACACUUAUUAGAGGAGCAGCAGGUCGACUUGGCUGGUGACAUAGACAGUGAGUACUCCACUAGAUUAAAAAUGACCAAGAAAGAGGAAGAAGACCAAGGCCCACCAUGCCCCAGGCUCAGCAUGGAGCUGGUGGAAGCAGAAGAGCCUGAAGUCUUCCGGUACUCACUGGAUAUAUUGCAUUCAAUGUAUACAGCUUAUCCUGAGUUUUUUUACACCUGCCAGACUUACACAUAUGCCAUUUUUUUAUUUGUAGAAGAGCAUGUUUGCUUGACUUUGGACAUGGGCAGUAGGUUUCUUACUAUGACGGUGAUAGGACUCCACCUGGUCUCCCAGAUAGGGGUCAUAUUCCCACACUAAGACAACAUGUCACCUGGGACUCUGUCGGUGCAGAGUAUGAACAACACCAUGUUCUUGCUGAAAACACUUAGCCUGAGUUUCAUAGCCUGAGGUAAUCUCCAGACAACUUCAGAAUGUAGAGCAGUGAGCAGCACGACUGACCUGUCUCCUUCAGACAGCCCAUGUCACCACAAAUCACACAAUUAAAAGGAGAAAGGACAUUUUGGGUUGAAAAAGAGUCAAAAGAUAAUGUAGCUACAUUGAUUUAGGUCUUUUGAACCCAAAGUGUCUCCUCACCUUUUUGUUGUUGUCAUUGAUGGUGGCGACAUGAGUUUGUUUGUAGAGGACAUGUCAGCUGUCUGGCUCAGUGGUCUACACUCUGAAGUUGUCUGAAAAUGUCCUUAUGAUUAAAUUCAGCCUAAGUGUUUUUCCGGGAACACUGCAGGGUCAAUGCUACCUCACCCAUCUGCAGGCAGAGACGGUCCCGUGUGUAUCCCACCAUGAUCGUGGUACCAGGACUAUUCCACCAUUUGUCUACGACCAUGAUCGUGGUACCAGGAUGGUUCCACCAUUUGUCUAUCAC